GGCACUGCUGGGCGGCACUGAUGAGCACUGGUGGGUGGCAUUGGUAGGCACUGAUGGGCACUGGUGGGCACUGAUGGGCACAGGGGCGGACUGACAACUCAUGGGGCCCCCGGGCAAUAGGGGAUCAUGGGGCCCCUGUGUCCUUGCCCAAACUCAAAAAAGCCUAUGAAAAAAGGUACCAGGGGCAUCUCAUGGGGCCCCCUACUGACCCCGGGCCCUAAGACAGUGCCCGAGUUUCCAAAUGGUCAGUCCACCCCU